AUGGCACGGCCUGCUCCAGGAGCGCUGCUCUUUGCCAACGGGUUGGGCUUCCCUCCCAGUAACGUGGCCCGGGUCGUGGUAUGGGAAUGGCUGAACGAGUACAGCCGGUGGAGGCCCUACACGGCGGCUGUCUGUCACCACGUUGAGAACGUCCUGAAAGAAGAUGCUCGGGGCAGUGUGGUGCUUGGGCAGGUGGAUGCCCAGCUGUCUCCGUACGUUAUAGAUUUACAGUCCAUGCAUCAAUUCCGGCAGGAUACAGGGACAAUGCGCCCCGUGCGGAGAAAUUUUUACGAUCCUUCUUCUGCUCCUGGCAAAGGGGUGGUGUGGGAGUGGGAGAACGACAACAACUCCUGGACCCCUUACGACAUGGACAUCUGCAUCACCAUCCAGAACGCCUACGAGAAGCAGCAUCCGUGGCUCGACCUGUCCACCUUGGGCUUCUGCUACCUGAUCUACUUCAACAGCAUGUCGCAGGUGAACCGUCAGACCCAGAGAAAACGCCGCCUCCGCCGGCGCAUGGACUUAGCUUACCCGCUCAUCAUGGGCUCCAUCCCUAAGUCUCAGUCCUGGCCGGUAGGGACGAAUUCCGGACACCCGUGUUCCUGCCAGCAGUGCCUGCUGGUCAACAGCACGCGGGCAGCGUCCAAUGCCAUCUUGGCCUCCCAACGCCGGAAGGUCUACUCGGGCAACAGCAACGGGACGCUGGCUGUCCGGCAGAGCAAUACUUUCAACGGGACGGCCUUGUGGCCUCUGGGAGCCGUGCAAGCAGGAGGGAUGGCCAAAAUGGAGCCGUCCCGUUCUGCCAAUGGGAUGCAAGCUACCACCACCUUCUCCCGAAGCCAGAGCGCGCCCAACAAUACGCAAGUGCCCGGUCAAAAUAACCUGAACCGCCCUGGGACGCAGCGUGCAGCCAUCCUAAGCAGCAGAGCAUCCAUUCCUCCGGGGGUUCCUGCUCUCCCAGUGAAGAAUCUGAAUGGAACUGGUCCAGUCCACCCUGCCUUGGCAGGAAUGACCGGCAUCUUGAUGUGUGCAGCAGGUUUGCCCGUCUGUCUGACGCGAGCUCCGAAACCCAUCUUGCACCCCCCGCCUGUCAACAAGAGCGACAUGAAGGCAGUGCCGGGCAUUACUGGCAUUUGCCGUAAAACCAAGAAGAAACAUUUGAAGAAGAGCAGAAACCCCGAGAAUGUGGUGCGACGUUAUAUCCAGAAAGUAAAGAACCCCCCUGAUGAGGACUGUACCAUCUGCAUGGAGAGAUUGGUGUCCUCCUCGGGUUACGAGGGCAUCCUCCGGCACAAGGGUGCCAAGCCGGAACUGGUAGGAAAGCUGGGGAAAUGCGGGCACAUGUACCACCUCCUUUGUCUCGUUGCCAUGUACAACAACGGCAAUAAGGAUGGCAGUCUCCAGUGCCCCACUUGCAAGGCUAUCUACGGGGAGAAGACGGGGACUCAGCCGCCUGGAAAAAUGGAGUUCCACGUCAUCCCCCACUCUCUUCCUGGCUAUCCGAAUUGCAAAACGAUCCGCAUUCUGUACAACAUUCCUGCGGGGAUCCAGGGCAUAGAGCAUCCAAACCCUGGGAAAAAGUUCACCGCACGAGGAUUUCCACGUCAUUGUUACCUUCCGGACAACGAGAAAGGCAGAAAGAUUUUGAAACUCCUCAUUGUGGCCUGGGAACGCCGACUCAUCUUCACCAUCGGGACCUCGAACACGACGGGAGAAUCGGACACUGUGGUAUGGAACGAGAUUCACCACAAGACCGAAUUUGGCUCCAACCUCACUGGGCACGGCUAUCCUGACCCGAACUACCUGGACAAUGUCCUGGCUGAACUGACGGCCCAGGGGGUCUUGGAAGCCAACCUGAAGGACUGA